UUCUCUCUACUGCCCUCUCUGGGGAUAAUAGAUACAGGCCUACUGUGUUCAUAAUGUGGUUUAUCAUUCCCACUGUCUGGUCUCUCUACUGCCCCCUCUGGGGAUAAUAGAUACAGGUCUGUGUUCAUAAUGUGGUUUAUCAUUCCCCCUGUCUGUUCUCUCUACUGCCCUCUGUGGGGAUAAUAGAUACAGGUCUGUUCUCUCUACUGCCCUCUCUGGGGAUAAUAGAUACAGGUCUACUGUGUUCAUAAUGUGGUUUAUUAUUCCCACUGUCGUUGUUAAUCAGCAUGUCUGUCAAUAUCCAUGAUAUACCAGUGUUGAAACUGGAACUACCCUGUCACCAGGUUUUCAGAUUAAAGAUGGUUGUAUUUUCCUGCUGCAGUUUUUAUUAGGGUUGUAUUCUUGAAGAUGCCUGUUUUACUCCUACAUGAUGUGCCCUGCAAACAUCCCAUAUUUCUGCUGCACUUGCUUGAGGUUGGGGUUCGUGUCCUUCGGGACGUUUUAAAACGUAAUGGUCGUCCUCCAGCUGGUUUGACCUGUGAUGUCGAGACGUCUCCACAGCGACAGGACGGACACGUUGCAUAUCCUGUUUCUGAGUCACUUCACUUGGUUGGUGCUGCUAACAUUAUCUAGCUGGAUACUCUGACCGCUGGGUACUCUGACUGCUGGAUACUCUGACUGCCGGACAACAUCACUUCUUCACGGCUUCAUUCAAUGGUAAAGCCUCAACGAUGUGACGAUACGAGACGUGUUGCGUUUAUACAGGCGACGUCGUAUCCGCAGACAGAUCUGGACCAGCUGCCGUUACAUUGUAGGGAAUUAGCAGGUUAUACUGAUCAGCUGUUCAUCCUGGAAAACAUUUGGCAGCCAGCUGGAACAGGAACUAGCAGCGGUGAGAAGAAAACAGGCUGUGUGUUGAUGUAACAGAACAACCGCAACAGAACAGAGCUGAAGAUUAGAUGGACGGGUUUGCAGGUGACAUACUGAGCGGCGGCCGGGCGUUGCUAGGCGAGGACGGCUCGGUCAUGGCCCGCAUGCAGAAGAAGUUUUGGAAGACGAAGCAAGUUCUGAUCAAGGCCACGGGGAAGAAGGAGGAUGAGUACGUGGUGGCUUCUGACGCCGACCUCGACGCCAAGCUGGAGUUGUUCCACUCCGUCCAGACCACCUCCACUGAGCUGCUGAAGGUGAUUGAGAAAUACCAGCGGAGGAUCACAUACCUGUCUCAGGAGGAGAAUGAGUUGGGGAUGUUUCUGAGGUUCCAGGCAGAACACGACCGCACCAAGGCUGGCAACAUGAUGGACGCAACCAGCAAGGCCCUGUGUGCCUCGGCCAAGCAGAGGCUGGUCCUGUGCCGGCCCCUACAGCGGAUGGAGCAGGAGGUGGAGACGUUUCGGCGGCGUGCGAUCGCUGACACACUCCUGACCGUGACCCGGAUGGAGAAAUCCAGGACGGAAUACCGUGGAGCGCUGCUCUGGUUGAAGGACGUCUCUCAGGAACUCGACCCGGAAACCAAACACCUGGAGAAGUUCCGCAAGGUUCAGUCUCAGGUCAGAGGGUCGAAGGACCUGUUUGAGAAGCUGAAGAACGAUGUCUGUCAGAAGGUUGACAUGCUGGGAGCCUCCUGUUGUAACAUGCUGUCUCACUCUCUCUGCACAUACCAGAUCACCCUCCUUCAGUUCUGGGAGAGGACAGCCUGUGUGAUGAGUGGGAUUCAUGAGUCUUUUAAAGGCCUUGUCUCCUACCAGUUCACUGCUCUCAGGGACCUCCAGGACCCUCUGGAGCAGCUGACAUAUUUAGAGAACCAAGACCAAAACAAAGAGAAGGUCAUACAGAGUAACAGUCUGGUCUCCCUGGAUGAAGAGAAGCCAUCAGAAUCAGCCUCUGGCCCCCUACAUGCUGCUGAUGGACAGAGCCACACCAGUGACAGCUCUCUGUGUGCUAGUCUGGACUCUGCCCUGUGUGACCUCAGUGGGAAUCUCAGUACAGCCAGCACCGAUGACGACCUCUUACUCCUGGCCUGUGACCAGCCUGGCCUCUCUUCCUCCAUGCAGCCUCUGGCCCCUCUACAGACCACAGCAGCCUCUGGUGGUCCCUGGAGGUUUGGAGGUGUGCAGCCCAGCAGCCUCACACAUCUCUCUCUCCCUGGGAGCCUCACUGGUGGGGACCUCUCUGGAAGCUCUGUACUGCAGCAGGGGCCCACGGUGGAGGAGGAGGAGGACAGGGAGACUGGGGACAUGGCCUUUCUGAAGGACCUCCUGAGCCCUGGACCAAUGGAAGCAGAUGAGUUCAGUCGAGAUUGGCAAGGCAUCUUCGGCUGCUUGGAGUUCUCUGACCCUGCCCCCCUCACAGCCCCCACCCCCACCCUGGUCCUCCCUCCCCCUACUGGAGCAGCCUGCCCCCCCUCUCAGUCCCCCAGUCCCACCCUGGUCCUUCCUCCCCCUACUGGAGCAGCCUGCCCCCCCUCUCAGUCCCCCAGUCCCACCGGCUUCCUGCCCUCCCAGCUGCUGGACCACAGUCUGAGUUCUACAGGCUGGGCGACUCCUCCCAUGUUCCAGGCUCCGCCCCUACAGUCCCCAGUGUCUGGCCAGGUCCAGUCAGCUAAGGGCGGCCCAAAGUCAACAGCCAAUGUUCCUAAAGGUGCAUCGCGGGACAUGUCUGCAUGGUUCAACCUGUUUGCUGAUCUGGACCCCCUCUCUAACCCUGACGUCAUCGGACGCUCUGAAGAUGAGAUCCUCAAUGCCUGAGGGGGUGUGUGUGUGUGUGUGCAGUUACUGUAUACUUUAUAAUGUCUGAAAUAUUCCAUAUUGGUGAUAGAGGAGGAUUUGACUGAGAUUAAUAUUCUAUACAGGAUAUGUCCUGUAAGGGGGUGAGUUUAACCUUAGAGAUAGCAUAUAGAACCUAACACCUGAUUGGUUGGCCCAACAACCUAACACCUGAUUGGUUGGCCCAACAACCUAUCACCUGAUUGGUUGGCCCAACAACCUAUCACCUGAUUGGUUGGCCCAACAACCUAUCACCUGAUUGGUUGGCCCAACAACCUAACACCUGAUUGGUUGGCCCAGGUUGGCCCAACAACCUAAUUGGUUGGCCCAACAACCUAACACCUGAUUGGUUGGCCCAACAACCUAUCACCUGAUUGGUUGGCCCAACAACCUAUCACCUGAUUGGUUGGCCCAACAACCUAACACCUGAUUGGUUGGCCCAGGUUGGCCCAACAACCUAAUUGGUUGGCCCAACAACCUAACACCUGAUUGGUUGGCCCAACAACCUAUCACCUGAAUGGUUGGCCCAACAACCUAACACCUGAUUGGUUGGCCCAACAACCUAACACCUGAUUGGUUGGCCCAACAACCUAACACCUGAUUGGUUGGCCCAACAACCUAACACCUGAUUGGUUGGCCCAACAACCUAACACCUGAUUGGUUGGCCCAACAACCUAACACCUGAUUGGUUGGCCCAACAACCUAACACCUGAUUGGUUGGCCCAACAAUCUAACACCUGAUUGGUUGGCCCAACAACCUAACACCUGAUUGGUUGGCCCAACAACCUAACACCUGAUUGGUUGGCCCAACAACCUAACACCUGAUUGGUUGGCCCAACAAUCAGGUGUUAGGUUGUUGGGCCAACCAAUCAGGUUUUAGGUUGUUGGGCCAACUCAAGCAGGUGUUAGAUUGUUGGCCCAACAACCUAUCACCUGAUUUGUUGGCCCAACAACCUAUCACCUGAUUGGUUGGCCCAACAACCUAUCACCUGAUUGGUUGGCCCAACAACCUAACACCUGAUUGGUUGGCCCAACAACCUAACACCUGAUUGGUUGGCCCAGGUUGGCCCAACAACCUAUUACCUGAUUGGUUGGCCCAACAACCUAACACCUGAUUGGUUGGCCCAACAACCUAACACCUGAUUUUU